UUAAAAGUUUCUAAGUACAGUUUAUAUUAUUAUUUAUAUUAUUUAUAUUAUUAUUGUCUUCAAAUCUGUCUGCAGAAACUUAUAGAGAGACUGAGAUUCUCUACACUCCAGACCAAGAUAGAGGUUUUGUUUGAGCUCGGUUGCGUGGUUCUCUGAUGGCCUUUUCUCUCCCUUCAGGGGGCCUCUUGUUGGAGUUCUUAGUAAUGACUGAUUUAAGCCCCUGCCACCUCCCAAACAGAAACCUCCUCUUCACUCUCCUGGGGGCCAGGCUUCCCCGGUGCAAUGAGGGUCCAGCUCAUUCUUUCACCUUCCACCUAGGCUCCUUACUUCUUUCCCCAGCAACAGCUGCAUGAACUCAGAGAAUGUCUCUGAUUGGCUGAAUAUAGCAGGGGUCUUCCCCACCCGAGAAUUUGUUUCCUUCCUCUUUCUGUUUACCUCCUCCACGGGCCCCACACCGAGAAUUACUUAGUUAAAGGACCAGGGCAAUGGUCCUCAGUGGGGGGCUAGUCCUGAGACUCUACACCUUGAUGAGCCUCCUGAGCCCCCAGGAAACUGGGGCCAUCAAGGAUUCAGCUGAUCACAUGGGCUCCUAUGGACCAGCCUUCUACCAGUCUUAUGGUGCCUCGGGUCAGUUUGCUUAUGAAUUUGAUGGGGAACAGCUGUUCUCUGUGGAGCUGAAGAAGAAGGAGGCCGUGUGGCGUUUGCCUGAGUUUGGCAACUUGGCCCACUUUGACCCACAGAAUGGGCUGGCCAGCAUCGCGGUGAUCAAAGCCCAUCUGGAUGUCUUGGUGGAACGCUCCAACCGCACCAGAGCCACCAACGUGCCUCCGAGAGUGACGGUACUCCCCAGGUUCCGAGUGGAGCUGGGGCAGCCCAACGUCCUCAUCUGCAUGGUGGACAACAUCUUCCCUCCUGUGAUCAAUAUCACCUGGCUGCGCAACGGUCAAAUAAUCAGCGAGGGGGUGGCCCAGACCAGCUUCUAUUCCCAGCCCGACCAUCUGUUCCGCAAGUUCUGCUAUCUGACCUUCGUGCCCUCUGCAGAAGACAUGUAUGACUGCAAGGUGGAGCACUGGGGCCUGGAUGAACCACUUCUCAAACACUGGGAGCCCCAGGUGCCUAUCCCAGUGCCAGACACCACUGAGACUCUGAUCUGCGCCCUCGGCCUGGCUCUUGGCCUGUUGGGCUUCCUUGUGGGCACCUUCCUCAUCAUCAGAGGCACGUGCUUGUCCAGAGCCCACAGGUAAUGAACCUUCCGAGAACGAAAGAUUGUGGGAGAUGCUCUAUGGAUUCCUUGCAAGUUUCUGACAGCCCUUGCAUACUCAGUGCUUCUGCCUACUAAGUAUAUCCCUACGGUGCUGACUUUGGAUAGGAUCAAACCCUGUGCCAUGGGUCUCCUCUCUUAGACCAGGAUUUGUGGGGCAGCUCCCCUUCCCACCCUCAGUGCACACGCGCACACACACAAACACACUCUUUUCUUGCUCUACCCAAAGUUCUGGCUAGCAACAGUAAAUUUUUUAUUGGUGUUCGCACUGUAUCCUUCCUUCCAGGUCUUGGCCAAUUCUCCCAGGGUGUGAGGGGUGCCAGGAACCUAGAAGGGGGAGUUUCAGGUGAUGACCAUCAAACAGUAUUAUUUCAUAUUGGGGAUUGGCAGCCAUCCUCAGGCCAGUUCAGCCAUGUCUUUGCUCCACUUGAAUAAUUCAUUGUGUGUUAGUUGUGAACAGGCCAUUUCACAAAGACUUCAUGAAAUUUACCUUCUGAAUUUAGAUUUACCCCCAAAAGAGUUUUCAGGAGAGGAAAGUUUCACAAACAUUGUACUUUUGUCUAUGUUAACGCCAUAAUGAAGAGGCCAUAGGUAAACGGUCAUGAUCUACGAUGUCAUCUCCUUUUUCUGUAACCCCUAGCGUCCAGGCAUGACAAAGAGAGGUCCAAAGCUUGGAUACUAUGGUUACUUCCUUAACCUGGGGUCAAUCAUAGCAGUGGAAGACUUGGUCACAUGUUUAGAAAGAGUUCAGGUGGAUAUCUCUUAGCAGUUUUCAAAAAUGAAAUGUACAUGAAAAUCACUGGGAAGCCUUUUAAAAAGUGUAGGCUUCACCCAGAUCUACCGAAUUAGAAUCUUGGGGUUUGGGGAGAGUGGUAGCAGUGUGGAAUUUUUAACAGGCUCUAGAUGAUGCUGAUGCAGCCACCCUGGACUUAGACUGUGGUCUGAUAACUGGGACACACUGACAUACCCUGAUGCUAUUGGAAGAGGGGGAAUCCCUAAGGUCAGAUUAGUCCAGGAAAACUUUUUGAAGAACUGGUCUUUUCAGGCAUAGAGGAAGAUACACGUAAGCAGGGACAAGAUGGGGUUUGGUAUUGUGAGCAUUUGGUCCUAGAGAAGAAAGAAAGCAAGAGAUCAUGAAGACACUGGAUUUCCCAAAAGAGAGUAAGUUCAAAGAAUGGCCAGAAGAAGACCCUGAUAGAAGUGGGGGAGUAUCAUCCUACUCAAGGCUUUUGUUUGCCAGUAACAAAACCCUCUUAAAACGAUCACAGAUAUAAGAAGAGGGUAUUUACAAUAAAGACACAGGAGUGGUGUCCUGAACCCAGGGAUGGGCUUUAGCCAGGCUUUGCAGGGAACAGAAUUCAGAACUGAAAAGCCAGCAGAAUCUAGAGCAGCUUUCCUUGCUCUGUCUCUCGGCUACAUGGCCUGUGUUGUCCCUCUGCAUGUUAGCUGCAUUAGCCAUAUUAUUCUGGCUCUGAGGACAAUCCUUUUCAGCAACAUAUCCACCUGCAGCUGUUAAGUUUGUACAUUAUCUCAGCUCUACCCACCCAUCAACACUAUCUCCCAGCCACAAUUUUAAAUUCUUGGAAAAACAAAUGAAUUCCCAAACUUGGGGCGGUGUCCAUCCCAGUCCGAUAUACCAUGACCAGAGGCACAAGAUCCAUAGUACAAACUCCUCUGAGGAGAGGGGUUAGAUCAUGCUCAGAGAAAAAAGAAUGGGUUGGUUCUCAGAAGAUACCUAAAGAUAUGUUUGUCCUCAACAUGCCCCGAUCUCUGCUGAUCUUUUGCUUAAAAGUUAACUUGAUCAUCCUUGGAAAAGAUGCUUCUCUGAUCUCUGUCCUGUGUUUAAUAAGGUCAUUAAAAGUGUUUCCUUUGAUCAGAA